GCUGAGGUGGUGCACAUGAACAUCGAGAAAAUCCUUAAGGCAGCGACGUCCACGACCCCCAACCUGCUAACUCUAGGGUACCGCAAUGUAAGGCCAGAUGUGCGCUCAGGAACCCGUAUCUAGAAAGAAGUUGCUCACAUGUCCGUCAUAUUCAAAGCUGCGUGCAAAAGGCAACCGGGUGGUAGGCGCACAUGGAAUCGAAAACUACUUCCCCAACACGAUCAUCAACAUCCUGAAAGCCGAAUGUUGGCAAAACUUGCUCCGUCGGAUUGGAUUCGAAAUGAUGUGCGAUUUGCUUCUGAAUACCACAAUGUUUCUCUGCAUGCCAAACGGCUGUGUUGUCCAGCUUACUGGCAUUCCCUUGACGGACCAGUCCGUAUCCCUCGCUGUUGAUGAGAUUGCAUUGGUCGGUGGACUCCCCAAGACCAAAUCGAAGAGACAGAUUGGAGACAACAACGCAGAUGAAGGUCCGUCGAAAAAGAUCAGAAAUCAGGCCAUUCGUGGAAUUGACAGCCUUCGCGCUGGAAAACCUACCGUUGGGGCUGUUGCCGAUCCCAAUAAUGUCAAAGCACCUGGCCCCCAAACUUCCAACAGCGGACCGUCAUGCUCCAUUCUCAUUGCUCGACGGAAGAUCUUCAGCGUACGAGGGCAACGCAACGCGACAGGCGGCUUCCUCUUUGGGCUUCCUAAAUUCCCAAGCUUCUCCAAAACCAGGCUGCUUGCGGACAUAUUCCCAAACCAGUUCGGGUCACGAAACGCGUUCCGGGCUCGCAAUGGGAAAGAGGCUGGGGAUUACGGUGGCAAAGACCUACCGGUGCGGUGCGCUGAAACACGGAUGUAGGAGUGUAGAGUGAUCUCAUCUCUUUGAUGUUUCAGGACUCCUCGGCCAUGGGAAAAGUCCCGCGUCGACUGAAAACGGUCGGGGAUCUGGGAAUGCAGAUGCAAGCGCUGCACGACAGGUGUAAUUAUAGCGCCAUCCUGGACUUUUACUGUCCGAAAACCUCCGCA